AUGAAAAGUGCUAUUGCUGAAGAAGUACAACAAGCGGGAUUAUUCUCAGUGCAACUUGACACAACUCAAGAUGUAACACAAGCUGAUAAAUGUGCGAUAGUCCUGCGAUACGUUACCAACAAAGUUAAGGAGCGACUUAUUGGUGUUGUCGAUUCACAUUCUGGAAAAGACAGUGAUCUGUGCAAAUUGAUGUCAAAUGUUUUGGAACAAAAUGGCAUUGAUAUUACUAAAUGUGUGUUAGAUAGUACUGAUGGCGCGUCUAAUAUGGCUGAGGUAUACAAUGGAUUUACUACAUUCUUAGAAAAAGCGUCUCCUGGACACAUUCACACAUGGUGUUAUGCGCAUGUUUUAAAUCUGGUCGUAUGUGACGCCACCAGCAGUAAUGAAGUUUCAAUGAUACUUUUUGGUAUACUUCAAGAGGCUGCUAUGUUUUUUCGUGAGUCCUACUUGAGAAUGGACCUUUGGACUGAUCAGAUGAAAGAAAAAAAUGGCCAAAACAUUCAAAAACGACUAAGUGUUAUCGGUGCUACUAGAUGGGGGUCCAAACACGAUGCCUUUCAAAAGUUUUUUGGUACGUUUCGCGACGGUAAAGGAGCAUUAUACACAGACGUCGUUCAAUUACUGGAAAUAGCAGUCUCUUCCACUAAAUUAAGUGUUGAAGCACGCUAUGAUGCGCAGUAUCUAUUAACGUCCUUAUUAAAAUAUAAGACUGUACUGACGGGAUUUGUAUAUCUAAGAAUAAUGGAAGCAACCACACCACUGUCCAAAUACCUACAGACGUCUGGAUUGAAUUUCAUAAAGGCGUUUGAGAUGGUUAAAGUAACUAUUUCAUAA